CACAAUGUUGUGUUUGUUGGUGCUCCGAGUGAAGAUGGCGGAUAUGGUGGCAUCUAGGCUGGGAGACGGAAAGGAGAAAGAGACUGAGGACAAGGAGAAGGAGAAAGAGAAACAAGCACAGGACAUCAAUACGGGGUCGGAAAAACUGAGCAGCACCCCAGAGAUCACUGAAACCCUGGGCUUUUAUGGGAGGAAGGUAAACCGGGAGAGGAAAAGAAGCCUGUCAGAUCUUUCUUUACUGAGGUUCAUAAGCGCUGAGCUGACAAGAGGAUACUUUCUGGAACACAAUGAGGCAAAGUACACAGAACGGAGAGAAAGAGUUUAUACAUGCAUGCGGAUACCAAGAGAAGUAGAAAAGUUAAUGCUUUUCGGAUUCUUUUUGUGCCUCGAUGCCUUUUUAUACGUCUUCACUCUCCUUCCACUGCGAGCCAUCCUUGCCCUGAUCAGGCUCAUCACCUUGCCAUGCUGUGGACUGAAGGCAAAUACAUGCCCAUUCUGCAAAAAGAGACAAAGUAGCAGUGGCACUCGUCUGUUACAGCCAGCCCAGGUAUGUGAUGUCCUAAAGGGCUUUAUAAUGGUCAUCUGCUACUUCAUGAUGCACUAUGUAGACUACUCCAUGAUGUACCAUCUAAUCAGAGGGCAGUCUGUCAUCAAGCUUUACAUCAUCUACAACAUGCUGGAGGUAGCAGAUCGUCUAUUCUCAUCCUUUGGGCAGGAUAUUUUGGAUGCACUGUACUGGACAGCAACAGAACCUAAAGAAAAAAGGCGAGCACACAUCGGAGUGAUUCCCCAUUUCUUUAUGGCUGUGCUUUAUGUGUUCCUACAUGCCAUUCUUAUAAUGGUCCAAGCAACAACUCUCAAUGUAGCCUUUAACUCCCAUAACAAGUCAUUGCUCACCAUCAUGAUGUCAAAUAAUUUUGUGGAAAUAAAAGGGAGUGUUUUCAAGAAAUUUGAGAAGAACAAUCUGUUUCAGAUGUCAAACAGUGAUAUCAAGGAGAGAUUUACAAGUUACGUACUACUGUUGAUAGUGUGUCUAAGGAAUAUGGAACAGUUCUCCUGGAACCCAGAUCACCUGUGGGUUUUGUUUCCUGAUGUCUGUAUGGUAAUUGCCUCUGAGAUUGCUGUGGAUGUAGUAAAACAUGCUUUCAUUACAAAGUUUAAUGACAUUACAGCUGAUGUGUACAGUGAAUACAGAGCCAGCCUUGCUUUUGACCUUGUAAGCAGUCGACAGAAAAAUGCAUACACAGAUUACAGUGAUUCAGUGUCCAGGAGAAUGGGAUUCAUUCCUCUUCCUCUAGCUGUCAUACUAACCAGAGUUGUCACAAGUUCUGUGAAAGUACAAGGAUCCUUAGCUCUCAUCUGUGUACUGCUCUUCUAUCUGGGGUUAAUAACACUGAAAGUCCUGAACAGCAUAGUGUUACUGGGGAAGUCCUGUUUGUAUGUUAAAGAGGCCAAUAUGGAGGAAAAGCUGUUUCAGACUCCACCAAUCAACACACCUGGCAAACCAUCCAACAAGUCAAAGAACAAAUUCCGAGCUCCCCCAGGUAUUCCAACAAAUAACAGUCUGUCCGCCUCAAUUACCAGCCAACCUGUUCAUCGGUCAGAGAGCACAACCCCUGUGCUCCCAAACAGCAACUCUGACCAGUUCCUCACAACCCCAGAUGCAGAAGAGAAGGACAUAACUCAAGAUGGGUUGGAGCUCAAACACAGAGCUUCAAAUAAGGAUCUGCUAGAGAUAGACAGGUUCACAAUAUGUGGAAACCGGAUCGACUAAUGCUUUCUGUUUCCCAUCAAAACUGCUCAGGAGUUUUGGCAUGGCAAACAAUAUACUGCCAACAACGUCACUUGCCAAAGAUGGCACUAGAGUAUUUAUUGAAAUACUAAUAAUUUAUU